ACAGUUUGAAUUCUGCUCAGUAGGUGGGACUUGGUGACUUUAACACCCGGGUUUUUUUUUUUUUAAUAUUUAUUUUUUCUUUUUUUUUCUGGUUUCCCUCAUCUGGUGCCAAAGAAGUCUGGCAACAUCUUCUGGGGGGAAAAAGGCAAAUAUUGUGGGAUCCAGCGGCAGCAGCACAUCAGGCAAUGAUGUAUUUGUGUGGAUUGGGACUGGGAGCACUUUCAGGAUGAGUUUGGCUGCGGGAGGAUUUUCCAUCUGAUUUGCUGAUCCGGGGAAAGGCUCAUCUUUGCUCCUCAUCUUCACCCCCUUUUUCUAUUCUGUCCCCCUAUAUUUUGGGGUUGGGAAGCAGAUGCCUGACAUGGAUGUGUGGCUUCUCCCUGGCAAGUGCAGUUUCUGGAGGAUUUUGCUAUUGUGGAGCCUGUGGCUGGACUCAUGGCUGGGGUCGGGGCUGGGGUCGGUGCUGGGGUGCCCGGCUAACUGUGUGUGCAACAGCAGCGAGAUUAACUGCAGCAAGCCGGAUGAUGGCAAUAUCUUUCCCCUGUUGGAAGGGCAGGACUCUGGCACCAGCAAUGGCAACUCCAUCCUCAACAUCACUGACAUCUCCAGGAAUAUCACUUCAAUACAUAUAGAAAACUGGAGAGGCUUGCAUACACUAAAUGCUGUGGAUAUGGAGCUUUACACUGGACUACAAAAGCUAACAAUCAAGAACUCUGGACUCAGAAACAUACAGCCAAGAGCAUUUGCCAAGAACCCACAACUGCAAUACAUAAACCUUUCUGGAAAUCGACUCACAUCCUUAUCAUGGCAACUCUUUCAAAAUCUGGAGCUUGUAGAUUUGAGAAUAGAAAGGAAUCACUUUAACUGUAGCUGUGAGAUCCGCUGGAUUCAGCUCGGCCAGGCAAAAAAUGAAGCCAACUUGAAAAGGCAACAGCUCUACUGCAUGAAUACAGAAGGUGUUGUCAUUCCUCUCCAGGAAAUGAACAUUUCACAAUGUGAUCUUCCUGAAAUCAGUGUCAGCCAUAGCAGUCUGAUUGUGCAAGAAGGAGACAACGCAGUAAUCACUUGCAAUGGUUCUGGUUCUCCAUUACCAGAUGUGGACUGGAUUGUUACAAAUCUCCAUUCAAUAAACACACAUCAGAGUAAUGUGAUCUGGACCAACGUGCAUUCCAUUAACCUGACGCUAGUGAAUGUCGCACGUGAAGAUAACGGCUUCAUAUUGACCUGUAUUGCAGAGAAUGUGGUGGGAAUGACAAAUGCAAGUGUGCCCCUCACUGUGUAUUUUCCUCCCCGGAUAUUAAGUUUGAAAGAACCAGUAUCGCGGCUUGAGCAUUGUAUUGAAUUCAUGGUGAUUGGAAACCCUCCGCCAAUUUUAACCUGGUUCCAUAAUGGAAAAACUCUUAGGGAGGUGGAUUUCAUACGUACUGAGUUCUACAGACAGGACAAUGUUACGGAAGGCUGUCUCCUAUUUAAUAAGCCAACACAUUAUUACAAUGGAAAUUAUUCUCUUCUGGCUACUAAUAAGCUUGGAGUUGCUAAACAAACAGUUCAUGCACAUUUUCUGGGGCAACCAUUCCCAGAGACUGAUUACUACUUUUCAGUAGCAGAUUUUGGAAGUCCCACACCUCCUAUCAGCGUGACUCAUAAGCCAGAAGAGGACACUUUUGGUGUAUCUAUAGCCGUUGGAUUAGCAGCAUUUGCAUGUGUCCUGUUGGUGGUUCUCUUCAUUGUAAUUAAUAAGUAUGGACGGCGUUCGAAAUUUGGAAUGAAAGGGCCUGUGGCAGUGAUAAGUGGGGAAGAAGACUCUGCAAGUCCACUUCAUCAUAUCAACCAUGGCAUCACUACACCCUCAUCUCUAGAUGCUGGACCAGAUACUGUUGUCAUCGGCAUGACCCGUAUUCCAGUUAUUGAAAAUCCUCAGUAUUUCCGACAAGGUCACAACUGUCACAAACCAGACACAUAUGUACAGUACAUUAAGAGGAGAGACAUUGUUCUGAAGAGAGAACUUGGUGAAGGGGCCUUCGGAAAAGUGUUUUUGGCUGAAUGCUAUAAUCUCAGCCCCACCAAAGACAAGAUGCUUGUGGCAGUGAAGACCCUUAAAGACCCUACUCUGGCAGCUCGCAAAGACUUCCAAAGGGAGGCAGCACUUCUCACCAACCUCCAACAUGACCACAUUGUCAAGUUCUAUGGAGUGUGUGGUGAAGGUGAUCCACUCAUUAUGGUGUUUGAAUACAUGAAACAUGGGGACCUCAAUAAAUUUUUAAGAGCUCAUGGACCUGAUGCCAUGAUCCUUGUAGAUGGUCAGCCUCGGCAAACUAAAGGAGAACUGGGUCUGUCACAAAUGCUCCACAUUGCUACACAGAUUGCUUCUGGAAUGGUCUAUCUUGCAUCGCAACAUUUCGUUCACCGAGACUUGGCCACGAGAAACUGCUUAGUAGGGGCAAAUCUGCGUGUCAAGAUUGGAGACUUUGGAAUGUCCCGUGAUGUGUAUAGCACAGACUAUUACAGGGUAAAUGUUGGAGGACAUACAAUGCUACCUAUUCGAUGGAUGCCUUCUGAAAGUAUAAUGUACAGAAAAUUUACCACUGAAAGUGACGUGUGGAGUUUUGGCGUUAUCCUGUGGGAAAUUUUCACUUAUGGAAAACAACCUUGGUUUCAGCUAUCAAAUACAGAGGUGAUUGAGUGCAUUACCCAGGGACGUGUCUUAGAAAGACCAAGAGUGGCCCCCAAGGAAGUCUAUGAUAUUAUGCUGGGAUGCUGGCAAAGAGAACCACAGCUGAGAUUAAACAUCAAAGAAAUCUACAAGAUUCUCCAGGCACUAGGAAAGGCUUCGCCGAUCUAUUUGGACAUCUUGGGCUAGAAAAUGCCAUUUGUGAAAUUCCAAUCCUACUUAACCUCUUUUUCCCUUUUCCUGCUUUCCAAGAAUAUGUCUUCAUAUGUUAAAAGAUAAAAAUAAACUCAAGUGCCUGCAAAACACAACAACACAGAAAUAAACCUGUGAUAGCAGAUUUGUUUUUUUAUAAAUCUUCCACCAAUACAACCAAUUAGGAAGAAGCUGCUGUUACGGAUUUAAAAUAUAUAUGUGGGAAAUUAAAGCAAACCACUGGAAAAUGGUUAAUUUUUGCUCCUGUUUUUGCUGUGUGCAAAAAUGUUUCCUCAACUACAUGCAUAAAGACAAUCUGAUACUCUACAGGGGCAUCAAGCCUUGAGAUGUCUCUGAAGUCAUUGGAAUUCUCAGAGAUGUGGCUUACACAGUGGUGGUGAAUAACUGCACCUGAAUCCGUUGUCUGAGACUGAGACUGGUUAUUUGAAAGCCCAUAUGUGGAUGUCAAGGCAAAACAGCAAACUGCAACUAAAUUUGGGGUGAGAAGAGCAAUUCAGCCAUUUUGGGGAGGGAGCUGUAUAUUUGUCUUCAACAGUACUUCUAAAUGUAUGGACAGUUUUCUAAUUUGUUAACUCCUAAAUGUAUAGAAUUUCUGCAAAUUUAACUGGUACCUACGGGUAAGACAGUUUUUUAUUUGUUCUUUAUAAUGGUUUCUUCCCCCCCCCCUCCUUUUUUACACUGGGAAUAUGUAGGAGACUUGAUUAGAGUGAGGCACCAUAACAGUUGUUGUGGCUUUUUUACUGCAAUUUUGAGCACCCGAUAUGUUCAACCAGUAUUCACAAUUCAACACAAGUAUGUCAAUGGAAUAAUUCAGUUAAGUCUAGGAAUAAGAAGGCUAUAGAUCAAAUGUGUUAAUUUCCAACCUUAUAUCAUUGUUUUAAAUCAGAUUGUCUUGUUUCAACGUAGUGUUUCUCAGGUAUGGAUUCCUCAGCAAUGUCACAUUUCAGUGACUCCCCCACAAUUAAUGAUAUAUAAAAAAAAUUAUCUGACUAAUAUGACUAAUAUGUAGGACAGAUUUAUUUUCAUAAACGAAAAAAUUCUAGAGGGAAAAAAAUCUCUUUAUUAUUUAUGUAAGCAUAGAGGAGGACAUUUUAUUGAGGGAUAUUUUGACACUAUAAACAUUUCACAUUAGAGUUUUUAGUUUGCCCAUGGAAAGCAGAUCUCUGUAAUAGUGAAUAAUCCAUCAAAGCUAAAAUUAUAUUUACAUGAUAAACUUAUAGGAAUAUUUGAUUCCAAGGGCCUCCAUUAAUGCCAUAAAAUUGUUGUUAGUGCCGUUAUUUCUGUAAAUUAUUUUAUGUUUCAAGUUCUUGCUUCAUCAAAAACUGGAAUGAUAAUUCUGUCUUUGGAAUGGCUGCUAUCACCACCAGUCACCUCCCAUUCCCAUAUCAAUUAAACCAAUGCAUCUGCCUUUUGACCUGUUGCUAAACUUUAUGUCAAGAUAAAAAAAAUGAUCUUGUUGAGGAGCUGGAAUUCACAAUGAGACAUAUGUAUUGAUUGACCUCUGACUUGAACUACAGAACAUCAUUGCUCAGCUACAAAUGGGGAGAAUGAUACAUGCUCAUGAAAAUUGAGAGACUAUUUAAAUUUGAUGAUUAGAUUCCUUAAAAUAUGACAAAUCCAAAAAUAAUAUGGUGGAUACGCAAUCUUGUAUAGAACAGUGUUUAAUAGACAUUUUAUGGUGGAACCACACACAUGUCUACCAUGUAUGGUGAGACUGAAAAACAUACAUUUUCAAUUUAUUUUCAUAGUGCUUUCUACCCAAACACCUAAGGCUGCUUUUUUUUUUUUACCGAUGCCUGAUUUCAUCAUUAACACUCAACCACCAUGGGUAUUGAAAUUAAAUGAAUCAAAACAUCAGAUUUUUAAUUUCCUUAGUUUAGGCAAACAUUACGCAAGAUACCCGAAAAACGCAUUUAUUCUGAAAUAAGAAAAAGCUUUUGAGGAUUUAAAAAAAAAAAAAAAUAUUUAGUGAUAAGAAAUUGGAACUGACACUUGCAACAUAUAUAUUGUAUGUGUACUGUGAUAAGCUCAUGAAUCUCUGGGACAACAGUGACAAAGCCAUUAAAUAGGGGCCAGAAAAGGUCUCUGUUAUUCCCGUCCUCAAAACUGAGCAGUAAUAGAGUGAGAAAUUGAUAAUAAUAUCAUGGAAAGGUAUAGUAAUGAAGAAAGAGAGACCAAAUGACCCCAGUAGAGAUUCAAAAUAAGGCAGACAUGUUCUGUAACCCCUACUAUUGAUUGUAUAAUCACAGUUUGCCAGUAGAAAAUAGGUAUCUGAGUUAUGCACGAAUCCAAGUACAACAACCCCUUAAAAUACAAGUCACUGGUUCAUCAGCUGAAGUAUUGUUAUGUGCUCUAAGUUUAAAAAAAAUGUUCCUUCCUAAUCAAUUCCAUGAUGUAAUUGCCUUUAGAAUUGAUUGCUCAUUAGAAGUCUGUCAUGUGUAGUAUUUUUCUUACCAUCCAAAAUUCUGGAUUCAACACUCUUUGGAUAUGGCUUGAUACAAAUGUAAGUAUCCAUAAUAUAUAUAUAUAUAUAUAUAUAUAUAUAUAUAUAUAUAUAUAUAUAUAUAUAUAUAUAUAUAUAUAUAUAUAUAUAUACACACAUAUAUAUUUCAUUCACCAUGCUGUUCAGUCACAAAUGCACUAGCCUUUCUGCUUUUUUCUCAUAUUAUAUAUCUGUGCAAAGGUCAGUGUUGUUUACCAGUAUAGAUAUGAAUUUCCAAAGAACUGUAUCCAAGUGCUAUACAUACUGUAUUUUCCCAUUACAUUCCCGUUAUUAUUAUUUAUGUAUUUAUUGCCUGUAGGAUGUUUAUUAAAAGCCAUAUGUAUGGAUGGGAAAUGAACUGGUAUUUAAAAAAAAAAAAUAUAUAUAUAUAUAAUUGUCAAAGGAAUUAAUCCCCUUAUCAAUUUGCUUGCAGUACUUAUUAUGCUAUGUUAUGGAACACAUAAAAAAAGGUAAAUAAACAGAAAGGGAAUGGCAACAACUCAUUCCACACAAAGAGAUUAAAUAAUUUCUCACAGUCUGGAUAAAAGUGAUUGUUUCAUUACUACUGUACUUCAAAAGAGCUUUCUCUAGAAUUUAUUUUGAACUGUCAGAUAAUAUCCAGGUUAGGCUUUAUAUGGGGAGUUUUACAAAGUGCCUGCUUGUAAUGCAUAUAGUAUUAUACUAGCCAUGACUAGUGAUGGCGCAAAUUUGCAGCGGAUUUGCACGUUUUGCCAUCGGUGAAUAAAUUCACCCAUCAUUAGCCAUGACAUUCCUUUUGAAAUCUGUCUUUCACCACUCUGUUCUGUUUGGCUUAUUAUAUGUUUGAGAUAUAUAUAUAUCAUGCAGGCAGAGCUCACACCAUUAGCCAGAAAUAGAACCUGGGUGCUAGUCCGAAUAUAAAUAGAUACCAAGGUGAGUUGACAGCACUCCGAGGAAGUUUUGAGGCAAAGGUUUCAGCAAACAAAAUGUUGUUUUAUUGGUUCCAAUCAGGGAAAGAGAACUCUGUUCUGUUUGGCUUAUUUAGAUCUUUGAGAUAUAUAUAAGGAAUGAGGCUACAAUAAGUGUUGGAAUGUGGGAGGCUCUGCUCCUCUUAAGAAUUAUAAAAGAUGUACUGUAUAUUGCAUAUAAACAGGAGCCACGGUUAGCUCUAUUUGUAAACCUUCUAUGGAAUAAUGAGGACUGCAGUUUAACAACACUUUCCUUCUAUAAAACACCCCCCAGGGUAACAGAUUCAUGCUAUAAAACUGUGCCUAAACAAUGCAGCACUGCCCUCUUGUUGAUCCAUCUGAAGUCAAUAUUGUAUUAAUGCUUCUCUUUGUUUAGUUAUUCCAGAAUGUCACAAGAUUAAUGUAGUGCAUAAAUAAAUGAUCACAUACACUAAGAGUAAUCUUACAAUAGAAAAACAAAGGUACCUUUGUUUGGAAUAGUGUCUAUUUGUUCCAGGCAAUUAACCACCAAGUAGAAAGCUAAAGGUCUAAUUUCAGAAGCAAUCGUUUUUCUAUUGACAUCAGCAGUAAUAUGCAGCAAAUAUAAAUUUCCCUUUCUCUCCUUUCGUGUAUUAUUGAUGCCAUGAAAAGGGUGUAUAAAUCUUCAGAUCUGGUUCUUGAACAUACUUGUAUCUUUUUAUUAUGUUUUUUAAGUUUUUAGUGGCAUGAGAUUGGUUGAUUAAUUCUAGCAGACUGUAUAAACAGUGGCAUGACCAGGAAGAUGAAAGACAGAUAUUUCAUUUGCCCCUGUCACUGCCACUGUUUCUCACCUACAGUUCCUAGAAUUGUUCAUUUGGUCAACACGGUAAACAUUUUUUUACUGGUGUAGUUCAGCUACUGGUGGGUCAUGGGUUAGCCAUUUAUGACCUAGCAAGUGUGCUGGCAGCGCUCCCGAGAAAAAACAUCUUUAGAUGAUUUUUGUAAUCCCUGCUCAGCAAGAAUAUUGCUGUAGGGAUACUGAAAGUAUGAGCCCUUUUAAGUUUCCUUUCAGUGAAGCCAUGUAUUCUGUAAGGAAUAAGCGCCUUUGAAAUCAAUGAAAGGAACAUGUUCAGGAUUCAGUUCAGGAGCGGCACUUCUUGAGUGGAUCCAAAGAGUGAGCUCAGUGGAGCAGCACAGCAGUCAUCAGUUGUCCCUACAGUAAAGAGAUAACAAACUCAAUGAUCUGUGCAUUCCUUUUAUGUUUUCAAAGGAAAGGAUGCAGAAUGUGAAAUAUUUACAAAAUUAAAUAUACGGUGGUUUUUUAACUACUCAUCCCUCUUAACAAAGAGACCUGGAAAUUAACUGUUUUCUGGAAACAGACUGCUUGCAUUUAACCUUAUUCUUUCAAAGAUUUUUUUUUUUUUUAGAAAAUACCAGGUUAAAUUGUAAAUACACUUGCCUCUUUAUUAUAUAAGUUAAUAACCCCCUAAGAUUUUAAUUUGAUUUAAUAUUCAGCUGAAUGAUUGAGAAUUUAUCCAAAAAUUUAAAAUAAAGGAACAUGUCUGUAAUUAUUUUCUGAAUAUAAUAUAUAUCACGCCAAACAGAUCAGGUUACAGUAUUAAUGAAUGCUGAGCAUGGUAUGGUAUGCUACUUAAAUAUAAUCCUAUUAAAAGUCAAACUUUGCCAGAGGUUCAGGACCAUGGAUAGCAGCUAGGCUUCCAGCAACGCUUUAACAGAUACACUGCUCUACUGGAAAGGAGGGGGGUUACUGGAGUCGACACUGAAGCAUUACCAGUAUUUUUAAAUAAGAACUGAUUCAUCUUAUUACAGUAUGUCACAGAUUUAAUAUCUGCCUUAAUUAAUCAUCAUUUUUAAAAAUAGAAGUCGAGUUUUAAUUUAGUAAAAAAACGAAUUGUUUGCACAAUUAUUGGUUUUCAGCCAUACAAGGAGUUAAAAAUGCACAUGAUGUCACAGGCACACUCACGUGAUGUGGGUUGAAGUUAUUAAAUUGCCAAUUUUAUAUGUAUUUGUACAUUUGUAAUAUAUAUAUAUAUAUAUAUAUAUAUAUAUAUAUAUAUAUAUAUAUAUAUAUAUACACACACACACAUAUGUCACGUAUUCAAGUGACAACACAGAUAAUAUACAAGGGACACCAUUCCACCCUAAAGCUAGACAUGACUGUGUCACAUCAAAUGCUAAAUGAAGGAAAAUAUGCGCUGAAGAUAUAUUUCUCAUAUAUGGUAUUCUGUUCAUUUGAAGCUGAAAUUAGAAUGCUAUUGAACAUUUGAAAUGUAUUGCUUUAACAAAUUACAUUUUAUUGCAAACGUGCACGCCUUGAUUGAGAAACUGAAUGGUUAUUGGGCUCAAGGGAUAAGGCUUUUUUUUUACCAAUUCUAAUAUAAAGGUGAGAUUCUUAAUUUGGACUCAAGGGAACCCUAUAAUGAAUUUGGUGUAGUCUAAAAUUGUCACUUC